UGAAUGUAGUUUCGAUAUUUUGUUUUACAUUUCCGGUUUUCCGAAAAGUUCCAAUUGUACUUUUGUCCCAAAGUCUCUAAUAGUUUCCUGGCGCAGUUUGACAUUGAUCUAGAUAUUAAAUCAAAGGAAACGGACGAAGAAAUACAUCUGAAAGAAAUAGAAGAAAGGAAGGAUGAUGGUGGAGGGGGAGAACCAGAGAGGGGAGACCCUCAUACCCAGCGAGGGAGAGGGGUCUGGUGGACAGGAGGCCAUCCACAUGAAGGAGUCCGUUGUCGAGGACAACACAGAACCCGAUGAGGGUUCACGGAAGCCAACCACAGGACCAGUGGUUGUCACGGGAAACCAGAAAAUGCCCGCCAUCGAGAAACUGGAACAGGUUCGCAAAUGGAGCAUCACUACUUAUAAGUGUACUAAGCAGGUUCUGUCAGAGAAGAUGGGUCGUGGAUCCCGUACGGUCGACCCAGAACUCGAGGCCCGCAUCGACAUUCUCCGUGAUGACCGCCGCCGUUAUGAUCACGUGACCUGCCUGGCCCAGACACUCGCCACGCAGCUCGCCCAGGUCACACAGACGCAAAGGACUCUGGGCGAUGCCUUUACCGAACUCAGCCUCAAAACGCCGCCACUACACGUAGAGUUUGGUCUGAACGGGGACACCCAGCGGUUCCUGUCGAAGAGCGGAGAGGUCAUGGUCUCGGCUAUGAACUCUUUCACCUCCGAUAUGAACACACUGGUUAACAAAACUAUAGAGGACACCAUGGUUAACGUGAAACACUACGAGACAGCCAGGAUAGAAUAUGACGCGUACCGUUGUGACCUGGAGGACUUGAACCUGGGACCUCGAGACACCGCCACCCUCCCCAAACUAGAGCAGGCCCAGAGAACCUUCCAGAACCAGAGAGAGAAGUAUGAGAAGAGCCGAAACGACCUGUCAGUCAAACUCAAACUUCUGGAGGAGAAUAAGGUAAAGGUUCUCCAGCAUCAGUUGGUAUUGUUCCAUGGUGCUGUAGCCUCCAACAGCACCUCCAACCACCAGCACCUGGAGCUCAGCCUGCAGCAGGCAAGCACCAAGCUACCCAUGCCCGGUACGGAGCCUCCUUCCUGGCUAGAGGAGAGCUCAUCACCCCAAUAACCAUCCACCAUGUCUGGGGGCCCAUGAAACCUUCCAGUAUCUUAAUGCAAGUUGGGGCCUCUCAACUGCCACAUCUGUGGGACAAAACAGGGGGUAUUGUCGACACUCCUGUUCUCUUACCCUAUAUGUCCUAUAGGUUCUCCUCUUACCCUAUAGGUCCUCCUCUUACCCUAUAGAUCCUAUAGGUCCUCCUCUUACCCUAUAGAUCCUAUAGGUCCUCCUCUUACCCUAUAGAUCCUAUAGGUUCUUCUCUUACCCUAUAUGUCCUAUAGGUUCUCCUCUUACCCUAUAGGUUCUCCUCUUACCCUAUAGGUUCUCCUCUUACCCUAUAUGUCCUAUAGGUUCUCCUCUUACCCUAUAGGUUCUCCUCUUACCCUAUAGGUUCUCCUCUUACCCUAUAGGUUCUCCUCUUACCCUAUAUGUCCUAUAGGUUCUUCUCUUACCCUAUAGGCCCUAUAGGUUCUCCUCUUACCCUAUAGGUUCUCCUCUUACCCUAUAGGUUAUUCUCUUACCCUAUAGGUUCUCCUCUUACCCUAUAGGUUCUCCUCUUACCCUAUAGAACCUAUAGGUUAUUAUCUUACCCUAUAGGUUCUCCUCUUACCCUACAGAUUCUACUUUUACCCUAUAGGUUAUUCUCUUACCCUAUAGGUUCUCCUCUUAUCCGAUAGAUCCUAUAGGUUCUCAUCUUACCCUAUAGAUCCUAUAGGUUCUUCUCUUACCCUAUAGGUUCUCCUCUUACCCUAUAGGUUAUUCUCUUACCCUAUAGGUCCUAUAGGUUCUCCUCUUACCCUAUAGCUUCUGCUCUUGCCCUAUAGAACCUAUAGGUUCUCCUCUUACCCUAUAUCUUACCCUAUAGGUUCUCCUCUUACCCUACAGAUUCUACUUUUACCCUGUAGGUUAUUCUCUUACUCUAUAGGUUCUCCUCUUACCCGAUAGAUCCUAUAGGUUCUCCUCUUACCCUAUAGGUUCUCCUCUUACCCUAUAGGUUCUUCUCUUACCCUAUAUGUCCUAUAGGUUCUUCUCUUACACUAUAUGUCCUAUAGGUUCUUCUCUUACCCUAUAGGUCCUAUAGGUUCUCCUCUUACCCUAUAGCUUCUGCUCUUGCCCUAUAGAACCUAUAGGUCCUCCUCUUACCCUAUAGGUCCUAUAGGGCCUCCUCUUACCCUAUAGGUCCUAUAGGUUCUCCUCUUACCCUAUAGGUUCUCCUCUUACCCUAUAGGUUCUCCUCUUACCCUACAGAUUCUUCUCUUACCCUAUAGAUUCUCCUCUUACCCGCUAGAUCCUAUAGGUUCUCAUCUUACCCUAUAGGUCCUCCUCUUACCCUAUAGAUCCUAUAGGUUCUCCUCUUACCCUAUAGAUCCUAUAGGUUCUCCUCUUACCCUAUAUAUCCUAUAGGUUCUCCUCUUACCCUAUAGACCCUAUAGGUUCUCCUCCUUCUCCUUUUUCACUCUGUUCCUGCUACUUGACCAUAGACUGUUGUUCACUCUGUUUCUCCUACUUGACUAUAGACUGUUGUUCACUCUGUUUCUCCUACUUGACCAUAGACUGUUGUUCACUCUGUUUCUCCUACUUGACUAUAGACUGUUGUUCACUCUGUUUCUCCUACUUGACCAUAGACUGUUGUUCACUCUGUUUCUCCUACUUGACUAUAGACUGUUGUUCACUCUGUUUCUCCUACUUGACCAUAGACUGUUGUUCACUCUGUUUCUCCUACUUGACUAUAG